CAUCCUGAUUGGUACACGAUUCACUAAAGUGGGACCCACACAACAGUAUUUUAUUAUCCAUAGUUCCUAAAUUGAAAAUUCCACAGCAGGACACCUGUCGAAAUCCCAAAACAAUAUUAUAAUAAAAAAUAAUACUUCGCCGUAUUUAAAUAUAUUUUUGGUCCAAGAUAUUUUCUUUGUGCUUGCUUCUGUUCUUGUCUAUUCAUUUUAUUACAGCUGCUAAGCUCAACUGUUAUAAAAAAUCUGGUUUUGGACAAUCAGUCAAUUUGUGCGAGAUAUUCUGAUACAAAUCUGCUGACAUACAUACAUACAUACAUACACACAGUAUAAAUAAGGUUGCAUUUCAUAUGUGGAGUGAGUAAAGAAGGACAAAGAAGGGGGAUUAAUUAUAUUUAAUUAGCAUCUACACACACAGAAAAUGGGGAGCAAUAAUCUAAAUUUCAAGAAUUUCGAUAGUUUCUACUCGUUGACUUUCGACGAGCUCCAGAACACGGUGGGUAACGAAAGUGGGAAAGAUUUCGGGUCGAUGAACAUGGACGAGCUUCUCCGAAGUAUAUGGAGUGCUGAGGAGAAUCAGCUGAAUGUGGGGUCCACUAGCGGCGGUGGUGGCGGUGGUGGUGGUGCCGCCCCCGCCUCCAAUGGUCAAUUAGAAGGCCUCGGCAAUUUGCACAGACAGGGUUCGCUGAUUCUUCCUCGUACGCUCAGCCACAAAACGGUGGACGAGGUUUUGCGCGAUAUCUCCAAGGAGAUCGAUGGUGGGCCCCACAGGCAACCGACUUUGGGUGAAAUUACGCUCGAGGAGUUCUUGGUUCGAGCCGGUGUCGUGAGGGAGGACACUCAAUUAGCCCCCACUAAUAAUAAUAAUAUUAAUGUUAAUAAUAUUAAUAAUAAUGAUAAUAAUGUCGGGUCGUUUGGUGAUUUGUGGCACCCGGUGAAUCGUGUACCGGUGAAUGUAAGUGGUGGCCGAUCUUCUACGCAACAGGUGGAGAAUCAACAACAGCAACAGCAGCAUUUGCAGAUUCUUCCUAAACAGGCGGCUUCGGGUUAUGGAACGAGCAAUGCUAUGGUGGUGCAGGGUGUAGGAGCUAAUGGUGUGGCUGCGCCUGCGCCUACACCUUCGGUUUCGGUUACGCCGGUGCCGUAUGUAUUUAAUGGUGGAUUAAGGGGUAGGAGAAGUGCUGCUGUGGAGAAGGUGGUUGAGAGGAGGCAGAAAAGGAUGAUUAAGAAUCGAGAGUCCGCUGCUAGAUCACGAGCUCGUAAGCAGGCAUACACUACGGAGUUGGAAGAAGAAGUUGCCAAAUUAAAGGAGGAGCAAGAAGAAUUGCAAAAGAAACAGGCAGAAAUAUUGGAAAUGCAGAAGAAUCAGUUUCUAGAGAUGAUGAAGCAGCAGGAUGGGGCAAAGAGACAAUGCUUGAGGCGGACACAAACAGGUUCAUGGUGAACGUUGCUCCCGUGUUUUAAUGACCGAAUAUAAU